AUGGGGAUUUUCUUUUGCCCCCGACUCCGCGCGUACUGGAAGAAACCAGACCCGCCAGGAACGGGGCCUGCGUACCCACUGCAUCCAGUCACUUCGCCUCCAAAUGGAGCUGUGGAAAGUGGUCAGGAUAGUGCUCAAUUCACCUCUAGAAAAGAUGCCGUUCGCUUCUCCUCCUCUGGGACCUCCGCCGGCGGCUUGUCGGAAAAAUUACGCAAGCGAUUCUCGAGAGAACUCAAAGGCCUCCAUGGAGCCCCCACGAGGGCCGCGAGGAAAUCAGCAUCCUCUAGCUUCCGCGAUCCGUCGAGAUUUGCCAGUAAUCGGCUGGACACCGUUUCCCCAGUUGGCUUUGGCAGCAGUUUGAUGAGCGAGAGGGGCUAUGACAGUGACGCUCAGUUCAUCAGCACCCCAAAACAAAUUACUCGCACGCCAGAUCGCUUGGUCGCGGAGAAUUUCGUACACGAGACAACAUCGCUGUCCAAGCUUCAAUCUCGUGGGGAUGAAAGGAACGGUCACCUCACCCCAGGCAGUACAUCUGGUGUGUCGAAUGGAGACUCAGUGAACGCACCUGGAGUAGACCAGACUAUACUGGAAGGAACACGAAACCCUUGGUCUUCCAUGGACCAGGCAAUCUGGGCCGUCCAUCCGACACCAAACCCCCCUUUCUCCCGUGUGGGAAGCAGUGCAAGCCGUCGGGUCCAAGCCGCACAACCUUAUCAUGCUGGCUUCAUGACUCCGAGGUCAGCAGAGUGUGUGCCAUGGGAUAAGCAGGAUGGAUACUCUUCACCUUCUCCAGUUGGGACCCCAAAGCUGUCGAACCCCCUACAUAGCUCUCCAACUAUCCCCGAGGGCAACCAUUUUUCGACCUCGGGAUGUUAUGAGUAUCGCUCGAGAACUCCAGGCCACGUCUCCCCGGUGCCAACGCAUUACACGACAUCUGUAGACUCGCUAGCUGGGCCCUCAACGGGGCUUCCGGUUAGAAAGAGAAGACAACAACCUCCAUUGUCUGCCUCCGGCAAUGCUUCCGUUCAUCUCGAGGACAUGGAGAUUCAUAGGAUGCUUGCAUCUCGUACAACCUCUCCUCGGGUUCUCUCGACUAAACAAUCCUUCGAGGGAAACCCAUGGGUUAGUGAUGUCAGGCUGCGGAAGCCAACGGAACAGCUCAUUGAUGAUGGCCCAGUGGUGGGCAAAGGCAAGGCGAGGGACCCAGUAUUCGGCUGGAUCCAGAAUAUACUUGGGCAAGGCAGAAAUAGCGCACAACACAACGCCGAUCCUGUAUCGCCCCGGAAAGUGAGCGUGGGCUGGAUGUCUGGUGGACGGCGUCUUGGCUAUGGGUACACAUUAGUGUCCGCUGCUGAAGAAAACGAUAGGCCCUCAAAAGAACAGUCCGGUCCAUUUGCGAUCAACGGUUCAAGCCAAGACGCGCCACUGGAGACUGAUACGCAGACUGAGAAGGCAAACCUUAUCGAGGACCAGCCACAACAGCAGGAUAUAACGUCGCUGUCGAAGAAAGCGGGAACUGGUCUCGAUAUCUCUUCCAUUAUUGGCCACAUCAAUCUUCGCAGUUGGUCCGGCGCAACUAAUGAAACUGCAGGCGAUGAGUCACUAAAGUCUUCUCUACUGGGGAAAUUUUCAAAAAGGAAGAAGGAUCAUUCCGACCCAGAGCCAUCAGCUGGUGCAAAGGACCCUUGGGAUUUCUGUGCCUGGGUCGAUCCUAACCAAUCUCCAAGCGAACAACAGCCCCCACAAGCGAGUCCGUCAGCAUCCAGUACGAGCACAGAAGGACGAGGGAUGUCUCUGGGAAGAUGGUCGACUCUGCGUCGCACCGGAAGUCUAUGGGCAAGGGCCGCAGCCAAAGCAACUGCCAAGUUGAACGCGUCGGCCGGGCGGUUCCCAGUGAUACAAAAGAAAGACGGGCGAGCUAUGAAAUUCCGGGUCUUGGACCGUAAGCGCCGGGCCCAGACGGACGAGGAUGGUGAGCCGAUGGUUCCUCUAAAGCAAUGGCCCGGCGGAAAUCACAAGUCUUCUCUCGAGGAAGAUGGACCAAGCAGUCCCAGCGUAGACCCGGUUCGCAAGCAGUUCUCGGAACAGACUGGCUCGACAGUUGUCACUGAUGGCUGGGAAAGCAAUUAUCAGGAUUGUGAGGAGAUCUUUUCUGUAGGUGAGUGA